UGCAGGUGUUGACCUCACCUGAGGAAUCUCAGCGUCCGGUGACAGAAGUUGUCGAAGAUAAAGCAAAAUAAAAAAUAAUUGGCUUUUUAAUCACUCGAUAUGGCCGAAUGUGAGAGAAAGGCCCGAGAGUUACACAAUAACAGAAACGAAAGUGAAACCCUUUACUCUGAAUCAGAUCACUUUCUGAUCUGACAGAACGAGGAACCAAACGCCAAACUCCGCUGAAAGAAAAUGGCUCAGGCUGAUAUUGACGAGGGAUUAUAUUCUCGACAGCUGUACGUGAUUGACCAUGAUGCAAUGCGUCGCAUGGGAAAGGCUGAUGUCCUCAUUGCUGGAAUGCGAGGUCUUGGUGUGGAGAUUGCCAAGAAUGUGAUCCUGGCUGGAGUUCGAUCGGUCACCAUUCAGGAUGAUGGUGUGGUGGAGUGGAGAGAUCUGUCCUCUCAGUUUUACCUAAAGGAAGCUGAUCUGGGUCAGAACCGGGCUUUGUGCUCUGAGAAGCAGCUCUCUAGUCUGAAUGUCUAUGUUCGAGUGUCUGCCUGGACCAAAAAACUCGAUGAGGACUUCCUCAGUAAGUUCCAGGUGGUGGUGCUCACAAAUUCACCUUUAGAAGAGCAGCUACGUGUGGGAGCAUUUUGUCAUUCGAACAAUAUAAAGUUUAUUGUGGCUGACACCAGAGGGCUUUGUGGGCAGCUCUUUUGUGACUUUGGCGAAUCAUUUGAGGUCAGAGACACAAAUGGAGAGACUCCAGUAUCAGCCAUGAUUGGUCAUAUCAGCAAGGACAAUCCAGGCAUAGUGACAUGCACAGAUGAGGAAAGCCACGAGUUCACCGAUGGCAUGUUUGUGAAUUUCUCUGGGAUUCAAGGCAUGACUGAACUCAAUAGUUAUGGCCCCAUUGAGAUCAAAGUGAGAGACAUCUACUCCUUCAGUAUUUGUAACACUUCAAACUUUUCUGAGUAUGUGAAGGGUGGAGUGGCAACUGAAGUGAAACAGACUGAAAUCCUCAGCUUUAAACCUCUGAAUGUGGCUCUGGAUGAAGCGAUCAGAGAUCCUGAGCUUGUGGAGAUGACAGACUAUGGCAAGAUACAAAGAAACCUGUCUCUGCAUCUGGCCUUCCAGGCCCUGCAUAGAUUCACUCAGAAAUACAGCCGGGUACCCCAUCCUAGAUCCCAGGCUGAUGCUGAAGUGUUGGUUACUAUAACAAAAGAGCUUUGCACAGAUGCAAAGUUUGAUGAGCUUGAUGAAGACGCUGUAAGGCAGUUAUCCCUGGUUGCCAGUGGUGACCUGGCACCUGUCAAUGCCUUCAUUGGUGGUCUAGCUGCUCAGGAGGUGGUGAAGGCAUGCAGUGGUAAAUUCACUCCUCUCAGACAGUGGCUGUACUUUGAUGCCCUGGAAUGCCUACCUCAGGAGAACGAUGAAGUCCUUUCUGAAGACGCCUGUGCUCCUAGAGACAGCCGAUAUGAUGGGCAGAUUGCUGUGUUUGGAUCUGCUUUUCAAGACAAACUGAAGAAACAGAGCUAUUUUCUGGUCGGAGCUGGAGCAAUUGGUUGUGAGCUGCUGAAGAACUUCGCUCUGAUUGGUCUGGGUGCGGGAGAGGGCGGGAACAUCACGGUGACUGACAUGGACUCUAUUGAGCGAUCAAAUCUGAAUCGACAGUUUCUUUUCCACUCUAAGGACAUUGGGAGACUGAAGUCUGAGGUGGCGGCAGAGUCUGUUAAAGAAAUGAACCCUUACAUGAACAUCACCGCUCACCAGAACCGUGUGUGUCCUGAGACGGAGGAGGUCUACACACAUUCAUUUUACAGCAACCUUGAUGGUGUGGCAGCCGCGCUGGAUAAUGUGGAUGCACGAGUCUAUCUCGAUCAAUGCUGUGUGCGAAACAAAAAGUCUAUGCUGGAGGGAGGAACCCUGGGUAGUAAAGGCCACACUUUGGUGGUGGUACCACAUCUGACGGAAUCAUACGGACCCUCCACAUCUGGAGGACAGAAAGCCAUUCCCAUCUGCACACUCAAGAACUUCCCUCACCGUAUAGAGCACACGCUACAGUGGGCCAGAGACCAGUUUGAGGGACUUUUCAAACAAGCGGCAGAGAAUGUGAACAACUUUCUCAGUGACCCAACAUUUGUUGAUCGCACAGUCGCACGUGGGGAUGUGGAGGCUGUGGAAAUACUGGAGGGUGUCUAUAGGAGUCUGGGUGAGGAAUGGCCUCAGAACUGGGCUGACUCUGUCAGCUGGGCCCGCAGACAGUGGGAAACGCUCUACAACAAUCCCAUUAAACAACUGCUACACUGCUUUCCCCCUGACCAGGUAACAAGCUCUGGGCUUCCGUUCUGGAUGGGCGCAAAGAGAUGUCCACAUCCUUUGACCUUUGACUCCAACAAUACCACCCAUAUGGACUUCAUUGUGGCAGCGGGCAAUUUAUAUGGGCAGAUCUAUGGGAUUACAGGCUCAAGAAAUCGUGCCGAUAUUCAGAGCAUUCUGCAGGGGGUAAAAGUGCCCGAGUUCACCCUUAAAUCUAGUGUAAAGAUAGCAGUGACCGACCAGGAGCUGAAAGAGGAAAAUGAGGAGAGAAAAGAAGAAGACAAAGUCAAGCUGGAGAUGUUAAAGGAGAAGCUGUCCAAACUCCUGCUGAAGGAUCAAAGCUUCCGGAUGCAUCCACAGGAGUUUGAGAAGGAUGAUGACAGUAAUUUCCACAUGGACUACAUAGUCGCAGCAUCCAACCUGAGGGCAGAGAACUACGAUAUACCAACAGCUGACCGCCACAAAAGCAAGUUAAUUGCUGGCCGCAUCAUUCCAGCAAUCGCCACAACAACAGCUGCGAUCGCCGGGCUGAUGUGUUUGGAGCUCUAUAAGCUUGUCCAGGGUCACCAGAAAAUCACAUCCUACCGCAACGCAUAUAUAAACCUGGCCACCCAAUACUUUGUCCUCUCACAGCCUUGUGUGGCCCCGACAUUCACAAUGCUGGUCAUCAUCAUGGGAUGCUGGUGUGCUUGUGUCUCCAUCGAUCACUUGUGCGAGUCUGGUUCCUCUGAAGAUCUUUCCCUCUACUACCUGAGCACCUUUUUGUCCGUGUCUCAGUAG